CUUUACAAAACGAAGACAUUGAUGUUCGGAUUUCAGGUCCGUCAUUGCCACCACUCGAAAAUGUAAUUGAAACUGCUGAUGACAAUUUGGUUGAUGAAGACGAGGGGGAAAAGUCCUUCC